AUGUCUGCAGCGUCUAGCAAUAACAACACCUCCUCCAACAGUAACAUUAAAAAAAGACUUCAAGAAUAUAUUGAUAAACAUUUUGAUACGAAUUAUGUCCGAGAUUGGUCUUGCUCACAUGUUCUGUCAUGGAUGAAAUUGAUCGGUCUCGAUCUCUAUGUCAAACAAUUUUCAAAAAUUAAAAACAUCAAUGGAGAAUAUAUCUAUAAAAAUAUAUUACAAUCUGAAGAGUAUGCAUUGGCUCAAAACUUUCCCUUUGUAACAAAAUUUGGAUGCAUUCGAAAAUUAUAUUUACAAUCAUUGAAAUUACGAAAAAAUUUAUAUCAUUUAGAUGCUGAAAUGGUAUUGAUGGAAGUGAGUAGAAAUCCUUCAUUAAUAGCCAUGUCGAAUGGAAAAUCAUUCUCUCCUCAAGAUGCUUCUCUGAAUAGUAGUAGUGGUAGUGGUAGUGGUGGUGGUCUCUUUACAAGUGUGAGUCGAUCUCUCGAUGACGAUGAUGAUAUUCUCAAUAGUAUUGUUACGAGUUCAAGUACAGCACAUCUGGUGAAUGGUGUUUCCAAUAGUAUGGGUCAAAAUUCAUCCUAUAUUGAAUAUCGUUUACUCCAAGUACAGAAGUAG